AUGUGGGUGUCUAUCGCAUACCGGCCGCAGACCAGCAACUACACGCGCUGUCAGCGGGUUUCCUGCACCCUGACAUUCAUCAUGCUCAGCCUGAUUGCCAACGCCAUGUUCUUCCGGGCAGAGGGAAAGGACGGAGACAUCGAGUACGGCGCGGGCAUCCAAAUUGGGCCUUUCCGAUUUUCGUUGAAACAGGUGUUUACAGUAUACACCUCUUUCAUCUCGGCGCUGAUUGUGACGCCUCCCACUAUCCUCCUCAUCUACCUCUUCAAACUCUCCAAACCCAAGCCCGUUGACCCGAAAACGACCUUGUUCAAACCCGGUGAGAGGUCGACCAAGAUCCGGGUCCCGAUGGUCCACGACUGGCUCGAAAAACAGCACCAGCGCAGCGUUCAGCUGGAAAAGUGUCUUGUCCAGAAAGGAUACCCUUCAACGCAGGGCCUGAAGCUGCCGUACCAGUGCACGUACCUCGCCUGGUUCCUGGUUUUCCUCAUAUGGUUCCUAUGCGCGUUUUUCAUCAUGCUCUACAGCAUGGAAUGGGGCAAGAAGAAGUCAGAAGAGUGGCUCACCAGCUUCUUCCUCUCCUGCUUUGAGUCCAUAUUCUGUCUUGACCCCGUAAAGGUUUUGUUGAUGACUUUGGUGUUCACGAUCGUAUUCCGUUCGAACUCCGACUCCAAGGCGAUCAUCGACAGAAGCACCAUCAUAAAGAAGUACUCGAAAAGUCUCAGGGGGCGGUCUGGCGGUAUGCGGCUCGCAGCGCCCCCUCUGGCCAAGGGGCAUCUGAAGAAAGCCAAGCGUCUGCGGCAGAAGGAGCUGCAAAUGAACAGGGCGAUCCGGGACACCAUACUGAACCUCCUCAUGUGCUGGAUAAUCUUCAGUAUCGCCUACAGUAAUCGUGACGGACGCUCCUACCUUAUUUACAAGGAAACUAUGGAUGCAUUCAUUGCACCUCCCAAUAAAAAUUACCCACCUCCUCACCAAACUGAACAUGAGUUACCGAAAUUUACUGAGAUAAAAAAGCAACAUGAUUACUUUGAAUGGCUCAACAAGACGGUGCUACCCCGGAUGUUCCCGGAAGUGGAUAUCAAUAACGAGACGCUCCACUGGCGCUUACAGCAGUUCAUUGAAGGAGGGACUAAGUACAGGGUCGGUCCACCUCGACUGCGACAACUCAGAAUUAAAUCAGAUCGCUGUAAAAACGAGUACAUGGAUGAAACAAAAUGUUAUAAGAACUAUAACGAGCCGGACGAGGAAACAGGUGCCUUCUGCAUCGGUUGGAAGGCCGGGCCGUGCGACGACAAGGAGAGUGUCUACAAUUUCUCAUCCGCUGCCUGGAAUUUCACGUCGGCGUUCGAUAUCUGGGGAAUAACUAUCGAUGGGGGGUACAAUAUAUAUGGUGGAGGAGGAUACAUCGCAAAGUUGGACGUCAAUAUGCUAGUUAGUCAGAAAAUUGUGAACGAGCUUUACCUGAAUUCCUGGAUUGACCGUCACACAAGAGCAGUUGCCCUAGAAUUUACCCUUUACUGCUUACAAGAAAACAUCUUUACGUACAACAUGUUCUUGGUAGAAUUCCCGGAGACAGGCGGCGCGUUCGUCUACUAUGGGAUACAUCCCAUGAAUGUGUACCAGCACGUCGGUCCCAUGGGCCUUUACACGCUGGCGUGCGAGCUGAUAUACAUUGUGUACCUGGUGGGGUUCACGGUUAUGCUCAUCGUCAUGAUUGUGCAACAAAAGAAAGCGUUUUUCAGCGACACGUGGCAGGUAUAUGAUCUUGUUUUUGUAAUCCUCGGAUACGUGGCCAUUGCAAUGUAUUUAGUUCGACACGUGAUGACCAGUCAAACCAUGUCCGUAUUCAAAGAGGACAAGAAGGCGUUUAUCAACUUCUAUCACAUCGCUCUAUGGAACGAAAUGCUCGUGCUCCUGCUGGGAAUCCUCUGCUUUAUGGCAACUCUUCGACUCCUCAACGUGCUCGGCUACAACAAGCGCAUCGGCACAGUGGUACGGGUCUUCAAGAAGGCCGGCUCGCAGCUGAUCUGGUUCAGUCUGUUCUUUACCGCCUGCUUCACCAUUUACUGCAUCCUCGGCUGGUUGCUGUUUGGUGCCCAUCUCGAGUACUACAAGGACAUCUACACCUCCCUACGAACCAUGUUUCUCAGCAUGAUCGGCAAGAACAGGUUCACGGAGAUGGAUAACACGUGCCCCUACAUGGCUAAGAUCUACUUCCUGUUAUUCAUCGGCUUCGUGGUCUACCUCGUCCUUACGAUGUUCCUGGCACUUCUCAGCAAGGCAAUCGAUGAUGUACACGAUGAAGCCAAGAAGGACACGGGCGAUGAAAUGGUUGACUUUGUAUUGAACAAAUUGAAAAGACUAAUAUUGGUCGGCAAAUCCGUUAAACAUUUAGUCAAAGAUGAUGAGUCAAAGCAUCCGGCUCCGCGGAGUAACAACGCACGGAUCGUGUACACUUACAGGGGCGCCUUAGAGGAGAUCCGGAACGCGCUUCAGUGCGCCCUCAUAUCCGACCCGCGCGGCAAGUAG